AUAACCUUUGAAAUGUAAAUGAGAAAUACCCAGUUUAAUUUAGAUGGAAGAAAAAGAAGAAAAGGGAAAAAAAGAUUCUCAAGGUAGAUCUGCAACAGCGCCAUUGCGAUCCUAGGGAACAUCACUGUCCCUUAGAUUUGCAGAAAGCUGUUUCAUCUACGUGGAAGGGACCAGAUGUUCUUCUCUCCUCCGCAAGGGGGCAUGCAUGUGUCUUUCCACAGGAUGCCGAGUCACCAGUCUGGAUUCCGGACCGCCUCAUCACAUCAUACAAUCCCAGGGCAGAAAAGCAGAAAGUCUCCCCUCAACAACCGUCAGCGAAAGAUGAGAGCGGAGCGUGCCUCAUUCCUGAUGACGCCAGACAGCUCUGAGCAGCGCCUCACUUCUGCUUUCACCAGGCUUCAGCUGCAUGGUCGCUCAUCUACCAAGCUGUUGCCAACUUGGGAUCAGCUUCAAGAAUUGGUCUCUGCUGCAAGAGAUAGCGUGCUUCCUCUCCGACUCCCAGUUACUCCCUCCAAUCUUCUCCUGCUAUGCUUUCACUUCUCUUCACCCAGAUGCUGGGAGAGAAACAUUAUCCCCUGGCACUGACCUAAGCAAGAAUCGGGCCAAGAAGGAAAAGGAGAGGCUGAUUAAAGAGCUGCAGCUCAUUACCGAGGAGAGAAAUGACCUGAGAGAUCGCCUGAGGUUUCUGACAGAGAGAUCCAAGAACAACAGGCCACACUUCAGGCCAAAUCCAUAUUAUGAAGACCUGGAGAGAAUGGAGGAGGCGGUCAUGUCUAUUCUGCACAACUUAGAGAUGGAGAACACUGAGAUCCAUGAGAACAGCCAUAAGCUGAAGAAGGAGAUUACCUUCUCUAGGUAAGUCCUGGUCAGAAAGGCUAUCACCUGUGGAAUGGCCAUUUCUGACUUUCUUUGUUCUGGAUUGGACGGUCUUCAGCUCUGGUUCUAUCUCUUGUGCUGUUUACACAUCAGGGUCAUUAGGACUCAGUUUUCAGUUCCAUAAAAGACUGUUACUCAUCCCAGGAUUGUCUAGGCAUCUUCAGAAGGCUCUAGAUAGAACAGCACUGAUUGAAGUCAGCAGAAGGUUAUUAGGCUGACCUGGACCUAUGGUGUCAUACCAGGUUUUACAAAACUCAGUGUGUAGACCACAUGGUUAGCAUGACCUUCUCUUGGUUCUACUGACCUCCUUUGAGGGUGUUGGCCCACUACUAAUUGAUGUUGCCCCCAUGCAUUGGGCUUUCAUGGAUAGUUGUAGAUCCAUGUUCUUUUUGAGAGAUGUGGACACUAAUUGGUGCUCGGGCCAAGCAAACAAUUUAUUCUUCCCGGAAUUUAUUCUUUGUGGUUUGUGCAGCAGCCUUAUAUGUAUCGAAAUGAAUUCUAUUAACUCUUCAUGGGUAUCUGGGACCUGGUAGACUUAGUGGGACUUACGAGUAGGAAUGGGAGAAAGGGGCAGCAUGAUCUUACUAUGCAGACUGUAUUUCCAGAAACCUGCUCAGCCAGCUCCUGAUGGAGAACACAUGUAGGAAGAAGUUGGUCCCACUGAAGCAGGAGAGCAAGGAGGUACAUCUUGAUUGUGCACUGAACCAGAAAUAUUUGGUUGACUUCAACAAGAAAGAUAAAGACCAGCAACGUCCAGACCCAGCAUCAUUUGGUAGGGAUGAGCAGCUGUGUUAGCUUAAAAAUAUCUGAUAAAGUUUGCCAAUUUGAUACAUCUUUGCUCUCUCCUACCACCUUUCUAAUUUACACUCACAACCAGCCAACCUCCUCAUGUAGUGGAAUUGUUCAUUGCUCUGCCUAUGCACAAGUAUUCUGGGAAGCCAACCACUUUUCAGAAACUGAAUUAUUUUGCAAGUAUAUUUGUCUGCUCUUUUUGAAGCUGCAGUAUAGAAAUGGUGACAGAUUAAUAACAUACCUCAUUAUUGCAUAUCCACGUGAUAGAUUGGAUGCUCUGUAGAGUUUUGAACAAGUUCUUGGUUCUUUGACAAAUGACACUCUGUGGUCAUGUGACUUCUUGUGUAGGAAGCACCUUUGCGGGAUAAGAACAAAGUGCAAAUGUCAAAUUAGAACUUGUCAUUGGUUUUAACCUUGGUGACAUAUGGACAUCUCCUUUCUUCCUGCAACCCAAUGAGGUUCCUUCCAUUGCCCUGUCCUUGGUUUGCACUGGUAUAAGUCUGGGUCCCAUAUUGGCAGCUCACAUUACUUUGAGGCUCUCUGGAGAUUUUGCCCUUCCCAAAGUGUUAGCAACCAUGAUAUCAGUUAAAAGGUCCAU